AUUAAACAGAUAUUGUGCUACAUAUUAUUUGUAAAUAAGUUAUCAACAUCAAAUGGAGAGUUUUCUGUUUGUUUUGCUUUUAUUGUUGUUGAAUUCCAUCUUAAUAUUGACUGGAAUGGAAUAUCAAAAUAUCACAACCAUUGUUUUUAAUAAACACAUUGACAUGAUUUGAACUUAAGAAGAAAUGACAAUAGCAUGGGUAUAAUUCAUUUAAAAAGCUAAGCAGCGAAACUAAUCAUAGAUUAUUUUUUUUCUCUCCACUUGACACGUGUUUGCUUCACACUCAGUAAUGUGCCAGUGUGAGCAGGAGGUAAAUCUUCAGCGGUAAAAAAAGAUAGGGGAAUGAGAGAGAGGGAGAGAGAUAGAGAGGGAAAGAGGGGGGGGGAGAGAGAGAGAGACAGAAAACAUAAUAUCCUGUUAACCAACUGAAGAUUGCAUUUGAAGCUUUUAAAAAAUCCUUUCUAGCUUCCCCACUGCCGAAUCCACUGAAUCAAAUCCACUGAUGACUGCUGCUUUCUCUGGGCAAAAUCCGAUUUUUGUAGCUCGCUAAUCCCUUGUCACAAUCUGCAUCCUGUCGUCAGCAGUGCUCGCCAGCCGCUCAGUCCCUUGUCUCUCCGUCAGGCCACACUGGUUCAUCCCGAGGGAGGUAAGUACAAGCGCUCGAAGGGGGGGCUCGCCCACUACACUGAAACACCCGGCCGGCCAACUAAAUCUCCAGGCACCCCCAAGAGUGUGAUGGAGGGGGGCUGACCUGCCCAGCAGAGAAGCUCGCGAUCGUCCGAGAGGAGAAAAACUCUCCCUCCCCCCAUAACCCCCCUCAACCCUACCUCGGUCCUGAACGUGAAAAGAAAAAGAAGAAGAAAAAAACCUGAGAGAGAGAGAGAGAGAGAGGAGAGGGGACAUGUCUCAAGCGGAGACGUUGCCCAGUCCACGGCACCAAUGACUCAAGCCGACCGCCUCGUAGCCCUGCUGUGGCAGACACCAGGGGAACGCUCACUACCACUCCACCACGCCUGGACUUUUUGCCUUUGAUGCAUGGAGCCGGAUGCGCCUCGGAAAAAAAGACUGAACAUGUUCAUUUGGUGGAUUUUACUGCAAGGAUUUUGGAGUGUCUAUGGGGAACUUCCUUUCAUUGCCGAGAACAACGCAGCCAUGCAAGUCAACUGGAAUGCAGUCGAUGGAAAUAAGAAGUUGUACGCAAUUUAUGACACAAGCGCAAACGAGCCGGGCAAUAUGUCAUUUGUGAAAGAGACAGUGGAUAGACUACUAUCGGGGUAUGACAUUCGCCUUAGACCAGACUUUGGUGGUGCCCCGGUUGCUGUAGGAAUGAGCAUAGACGUGGCGAGCAUUGACAUGGUGUCCGAGGUCAACAUGGACUACACAUUGACCAUGUACUUCCAGCAGUACUGGAGGGACAAGCGGCUGGCCUACAUGGGAAUCCCCCUCAACCUGACGCUGGACAACCGGGUGGCCGACCAGCUCUGGGUACCGGACACCUACUUCCUAAAUGACAAGAAGUCGUUUGUCCACGGAGUGACAGUGAAGAACCGCAUGAUCCGACUUCACCCAGAUGGGACAGUGCUCUAUGGACUAAGGAUAACCACGACUGCAGCCUGUAUGAUGGACCUUAGGAGAUACCCUCUGGAUGAGCAGAACUGCACUUUGGAGAUAGAGAGCUAUGGUUACACCACAGAUGACAUUGAGUUCUACUGGAAAGGAGGAGACAACGCUGUGACGGGAGUCUCCCGCAUCGAGCUGCCUCAGUUCUCCAUAGUGGACUACAAGCUGGUCUCCAGGAAUGUUGUCUUUUCCACAGGUGCCUACCCACGACUGUCUCUGAGUUUUAAACUCAAAAGAAAUAUCGGAUACUUCAUCCUCCAGACCUACAUGCCCUCGAUUCUGAUCACCAUCCUCUCCUGGGUGUCAUUCUGGAUCAACUACGAUGCUUCAGCUGCACGAGUUGCUUUGGGGAUUACGACUGUGCUCACCAUGACCACCAUCAACACCCAUCUGCGCGAGACACUCCCCAAGAUCCCCUACGUCAAGGCCAUCGACAUGUACCUGAUGGGCUGCUUUGUCUUCGUCUUCCUCGCCCUGCUGGAGUACGCGUUCGUCAAUUACAUCUUCUUCGGUCGAGGGCCUCAGAUGCAGAAGAGGCUAGCUGAGAAGAUUGAGAAGGCCAACAAUGAACGAGUCAAAAAUCCUGGUGCAGAGGGUGGUAAACCGGGCAAACAGUCCAAUCAGGUGCAAGGGAAACGGGUGAUGCGAGGGGCCGAGGCCCAUGCCAACAUCCUGCUCACCACCCUGGAGAUCCACAACGAGGUGGCAGGCAACGAGGUCACUACCAGUCUGGCGGACGCGCGGAACUCCGUCACGUUCGAGACGUCGGGGAUCCAGUACCGGAAACAGAGCGCGGUGGGGCGGGAGCGCAGCGCAGCGUCCAAACGCGGUCGUCUCCGCCGCCGAUCAUCGCAGCUCAAGAUCAAAAUCCCCGACCUGACGGACGUGAACACCAUCGACCGAUGGUCACGCAUGAUAUUUCCUGGUGUGUUCUCCCUCUUCAAUCUGAUUUACUGGCUUUAUUACGUCAAUUAGAAGAAGAGAGGGUGGUGCGACAAGAUUGACUUUUCCGUUUUUGUUGUUUUUGAGAUUUUGUUUUAUUCGUUUGUUGUUGUUGUUGUUUUUUUACAUUGCAUUUUUUUUGCAAUUGAAUUGGACUUUUCUUGCUGGACAUGGACAAGGUGUGGGUCCACUCUGAAAACAUUUUUCUACAUGCAGGAGUUGACAUUUGGAGGACUGUUGACACCAGGAUUUCACACAAAAAACUGGUUGGGCAUAUAUUUAAGCCAAGUUGUGUUUUUUUUUUUUUUUUUUUUCAGAAAUAUUUCCCUUCUACCAACUCUGAGUGGCAGAAUGAAGGAAUAUAUUCAGGAUCUUUUUUGGCGUAAGGAGGUAGAAAACUAAAAGAUGGCCCAUGAGCAAUGUAAUGUAAGAAUGCAAUAUAUCUCAGUGACAGUCUCACAAACACCACCAUAAUGAAACCAGUUCUAAAAAGUGUGUGUUUGUGAAUGUAUGGGUGUGUGUGUUCAUGUGUGAACACACGUGUGUGCACAAGCACGUGUGUGUGAGUUUGUGAUUUUAUGUGGUAUUGCCCUUUUUUGUUUGUCCAUCAAAACAUCAAAACCAUAUAGUAAUAUUUCAUGCUGUUUUUUGCCUUUGGUGUGCAUGAGUUUUUAAAGUGCAAAUAUCGGCCACUUUACUGUUAAGUGGCGCUGUAUAGGCAGUGUUUUAUUCUUUGACAUGCAUUCAUGAAACUGAUGAUGCAAGUGAAUGCAAUUUUAUGAGUAUGUGUGCAAACUGUGACUGGAGACUUUGAAUGAAUAUAUGUUAUGUUUUCGAAGAAUUUUCCUGGAAUGUAAUCGAAAUGUUAUUGCAAUUAAUAUAACCAUUACAAUAAUAGAUUUGUAAAGGACACAAAUCAUGUGUUAUUGUGUCAUGAAACAUGUAUGGCUGAUUGACCUCUGUAAUGACAUCUCAGGACCUGGAUAAUUGUGUAUUUAUGUAUAUUUGAUGUCCCUUCCGUCAUUAAAAGCCGGAUCCAUUGAUGUUUGUACACAA